AUGUCUAAAGAACAAGAUCAUAGUGUGAAAGAAAUAGUACGUGAUUUAUGUACCUUUAAUCCAGCAUCAUCAUCUGAAAGUGCUCGUUUACCACAUGAUUUUUAUAUGAUAUUCAUUGGUCGUUUAACAACUCGUGAACAUUUACAAAAGUUGACAAGAACUGUUGAUUCACGAGAUAAUUCAAGAGAACAUGCGGGAGCAACAAAAUCAUCACUUACGAUGAUGGAGACAGAAGAAAUAGAAUUUUAUUUGGAAUAUAUUACAUUAGAAAAUAAUAUAAAUAGUGAAAAUGUUUUCUAA